AUGUUGACGACUGUAGCGGAGCGGAGUUCAUCGGUCACAGCUGAAGAAAUAGCAAGAGGAAGAAUCACGACCACAACGGACAACUCCGGGGAUGGAGCUAUGUACGUGGACGAAACACCACCGCAAAACGAGCGACUGUACCAAAGCCGUGCUACCACUGAUAUUCUGGACACCAACAAGGAAUUGCUACAAGAAUACGAAUCUGUUAGCGCCGGAUUGCGUUUGAAGAUGAUAUCGUUAUCAAAUGUAGCGCAUGAGGGAGCGCAGCAGCAGAUGAAGAAUUUCAUCGAAAUGUUGAAGAAUAUGGAUAGGGCGUCAUUAAAAAGAAAGCCGGAAGCCCAGGAACAGAGGCCCUAUGCUUCAGGAGAAUUCCUGACGACAAUUCAGACAGAGACUUCGAUGAAUGGGUCAAGUGUUCCACAUGUGGUUUAUGGGCCCACGAGAGCUGUUCUGGGGAAGGGACGCCUUGCCCCUACGAUGAAGGCACAUUUAACUACUCCUCCUAGGAACAGAGGCCCGUGGAAGCCGGAAGCCCAGGAACAGAGGCCCGUGGAGGAGUUCAAUCCGGACGACAUUCAGUGUUGUAUAAUAUGCUUCAGGAGAAUUCCUGACGACAAUUCAGACAGAGACUUCGAUGAAUGGGUCAAGUGUUCCACAUGUGGUUUAUGGGCCCACGAGAGCUGUUCUGGGGAAGGGACGCCUUGCCCCUACGAUGAAGGCACAUUUAACUACUCCUAG